AUGAGUAAACAAACAGCCGUUGUAUUAGGUGCUACUGGCCUAUGUGGUGAACAUCUUUUGAAGUCUGCUGUCGCUUCACAAGCGUUCGAAAAGGUAUACUCUAUUAGUAGAAGAUCAUUACCUUACGUUGCCGAUUGUGAACAAAUUGUUGAUAAAGAUUCAAGUAGUUGGGCAAGCCUUUUACCAAAGGAAAAUUUUAAGUUUUUAUUUACCUCAUUGGCUACAACCAGAGCGGCAGCUGGUGGAUUUGAUAAGCAAUAUCAAAUUGAUCAUGAUCUUAAUCUUGAAUUAGCCAAAGCAAGUAAGGCAAAUGGUUGUGAAACCAUUGUCCUCGUAUCUUCAACUGGUGCUAACAAGAAUUCGUGGAUGCCUUACCUUAGAAUGAAAGGUGAAAUUGAGGAAGAUAUCAUUGCAUUAAAUUUCAAACAUACGAUCAUUUUGCGUCCCAGCGCCCUUUUAGGAGAUAGAAGAGAUCACCAUAAAGGGUUUGGUAAUGACCUCUUUGUAAAGAUUGGUAAUUGCUUUUACAGGUCAAGGUUGCAAAGCAUUAUGGGAUACCCAGUUCAAGGAGAAGAAGUAGGGAUUGCAGGUGUGCAGGCCGCUCUACAGGAAGCUGAGAAGAACACCGAAUCACCUACAGUAAGGUAUGUAGGAAGUUCUGAAAUUUUGGAGUUAGUAGACAACUUCAAAAAUAAUUCCUAA